AUGGGCAAAUUAUUGGUGGUUACAACAGGUGCUACGGCGACCUUUCGGCCUCUUAUAGCUGCAACUUUGGAUGCCAAGUUUUUGCGGGGAAUUGUGAAGCUUGGUUAUAAUAGAAUGGUUGUUCAAUAUGGAACAGAAGUGCCAAUAUCAAGACAAUUUUACGAGAACUGUGUUGCACAAUUGGCUGAAUUAAAGUAUAUUGGAGUGGAUGUUGGAAGUUCAAGACUUGAACAUUAUAAGCUGGUAGUUGAAGGAAUCCCCUACGAUCCGCAAUUUGUGGAGAGAUUCGUCAAGCUAGCAGACCUGGUUGUUUCCCACGGCGGAACGGGCUCGAUUCUGGAUGCUUUGAGACUGGAAAAGAAGUUGGUUGUGGUUAUAAAUGAGAGUUUGAUGGAUAAUCACCAAUUGGAGAUUGCAGAGGCUUUUUCAAAUAUAGGAGUGUUGGUGUAUGCUUCUGAUGUCAAUGAGUUACUGGAAAAGGUUCACGAGGUUGAGAAUACUACCAUGGCCAAACUGGGGCCCAGUGUAGGUGGAAUGGUUGAGAAAGUAAUAUUACAGGAGUUGUGA